AUGCUUUCUCUGGUUCUCUCUGCCGAGCUCGAGGGAGUGACAGCCCUGCAGCCCAAAGAUACCCCUGACGAACCAUACUACUAUACUUUCAAGGUGCAAUGCACUUCGUGCCGAGAGAUCCACCCUAACUGGGUCAGCUUCACUCGUUUUGAACAACAUGAAAUCAGCGGGAGUCGAGGCGAGGCUAACCUGGUGAUGAAAUGCAAGAAUUGUGGGAGACCUGGGUCUGCUUCCAUCCUGGCCGGCCCGAACGCAUACCAGGUUGAUCAGGACAAACGGAAGGGUCAGAAGAUCAUCGAUAUGGACUGCCGGGGUCUGGAGUUUACGGAUUUCAAGCCUGACGGGGAAUGGGAGGCCAAAGGAGUCGAGUCGUCGACAGCAUUCACGGCCAUCGACUUGGUAGAGGGGGAAUGGUACGACUAUGAUGAAAAGGCCGGCGAGGAGGUUUCUAUCAAGGAGCUCAAAGCUCAGCUUCACAUUUUCGCCCGACGAGUUUCGGAGUCCGCCAGCACGUCCAGUCGUCCACCGUAUCUAAUCCAAUCCACUCCUGCGCCCGCUCCCUCACGCCCAGCACGCAGCCAGAGCAUCUUUCGCAAGGGUGAAUCAAAUCUACCGGCUGGUCGGUCACGGUAUCUGCUUGGCGAACCCCUUUCCCAAUCCCUCCAUUCCGGAUCCUCGAUUCCUCCAUCCGGGGUUCACCACGCGCGCGACAGACCCUGUUCAAACAACAUCAUGAGCUUCCAACCCGUUAACCCUCGGCCGUUCCUGCAGGCCAGAGUCGGUUCAGAGCUGAUCAUCCGCCUGAAAUGGGGCCAGACCGAGUACAAGGGUAAGCUGGAGAGCAUUGACUCGUACAUGAACGUGCUGCUUCGGGACACGGAAGAGUUCAUUGAUGGAAAGAAUACGGGGACACUGGGGCUGGUCUUAAUCAGGUGUAACAAUAUCCUCUGGAUGGGCACAGCAGACGAUGUGGAAAUGACAGAUAUGGCAUUGAAAUAG